UUAUAAGGAUCCCUCUCAUUCUAUUUCUCUAAACCACCAAGAACGCAAACUCGUAUCUGUAACACUGUUAGGUUUAAACAAGUGUCGAUCUUACUUGUUCAACAAGCAUAACAGAGAUAUCUUGAUUAGAAGCAGCCAUGUCAAUUUUGCUUUCUUUGUUUCUUUUCUUCUCCAUGGUUACUUAUUCAAACGCGGCCGUUUGUGUGUGUAAGGACGGAGACGACCAAGCGCUUCAGAAGGUAAUAGAUUAUGCGUGUGGAUCAGGUGCUGACUGUUCGCAGAUUGAGCAAAAUGGUUCUUGUUUCCAACCGAACACCGUGAAAAACCACUGUGAUGUCGCCGUUAACAGCUUUUAUCAGAAGAAAGUUUCCACUGGUGCAACGUGUGACUUUAACGGUGCCGCCGUCAUCUCCACUUCCCCUCCUUCAAAUGCUUCAAGUUGUUUAUCUUCUUCUAGCUCCACUAGUACUCCAACCACCGGAACUCCAACCACCGGAAAUUUUACCACCGGAACUCCAUCCACCGGAAAUUCAACCUUGGGGAUGCCAACCAAUCCCACCACUGGAGUGCCGACUUCAUCUGUAUUCCCUGGAACUACUAUGGGACCAUCAGGGAGCAGUACCGGUUUCGAUCCCAGCGGUGGUGAGGAGCUCUCUAUCCGAACCAAGACCGUCAUAGUACUAACCACUAUCGUCGCUGUGGCAUUGCAAGUUUAGGUGUGACAUCAUCUCAGACUAAGGGGUUUUACUUGCUAUGGACGGCAUAGAUUUUGCCAACGGUGUGUUUACGUAGGUGAAAAGCUAGAGCUGUCUCUUUUGCUUCCCACUUUCUUUUCUGGUUUGUUUUAAAACUCUUUUUAGGGUUUGGAUUUACUUCUUUAAUUAGUAUUUUGUUAUAUAUAUAAAGUUUAAAACGAAUAAAGAGCUUUUCUUGCUUUCUU